AUGCUCUCUCCUUUUGCGCCUCCCUCGCCAUUUGAGCCGCCGUCUCUGCUCUACCUCUUCCUGCUCUCCCCACCAAAGUUCCUUCUCAGGACACUACACCGCUUAAUCUCCAUUUUCCGUUCGUCACCGUCAAUACCACAGAAUCUACUGCCCAUAAGGGUUGUCUGCCUCUCAGACACACAUUGCCAACUACCAGCCUCGGUCCCAGAUGGCGAUCUCUUGAUCCACGCCGGCGAUCUCACACAAGCCGGCACACCCAAAGAACUCCAGGCUCAACUAGACUGGCUGAACUCUCUACCUCACACGCACAAAGUUGUGAUAGCAGGCAACCAUGACACCUACCUCGACCCCAGAUCACGCAGGACUCUGCCUGCCGAAGAUAUCGACAACGCAACUCUGGAUUGGGGAAAUCUACACUAUCUCCAGCACUCAAGCACAACUCUAACAUUCCCAACUCAUCGAAACCGAAAGCUAAAGGUUUAUGGCGCGCCUCAGAUCCCAGCUUGUGGAGGUGAGGAGUUUGCGUUUCAGUAUCCUAGAGGCCAGGAUGCGUGGGGUGAUACUGUGCCGUCUGGUGUUGAUGUGUUGGUUACGCAUACGCCGCCGAAACAUCAUAUGGAUCUGUAUGGCUUGGGGUGUGAGUUUUUGCUAGCUGAGCUGUGGCGAGUCAAGCCACGCUUGAAUGUGUUUGGGCAUGUGCAUGCUGGAAGAGGCAAGGAGGUCGUGUAUUGGGAUGAUGCACAGAAGGCUUUUGAGGAUGGGUGUAGUAGGCCGGAUGGGCUGAUCAGGGGUAUGGCGGAUCUUUGGCUGUGGAUGGAUGUGGUCAAGGUCGUUUGGCAUGGUGCGUCGAAUGUUGUUUGGGACAGGAUCUGGGGUGGUGAGGGUAGGGCUACGAGGACGAUCAAUGCCAGUGCCAUGUAUAUCAAUACUGGCCAGCUGAAGAACAUGCCGCAGGUGGUCGAGAUUUGA